GGCUCUCUGACCACGCCGUCUCGGCAGCGUCCUUCCCUCACGUGACCCGGAGGCAGCCCGCGCGGAGACUCCAGCUCCCAGAAGGACCCGCGGCGCGCGGGCGGUGGGGCGGUGUUGAGGCCCGACGCGCGCCCCAGAGGCGCGAGCGGAAGAGCCAGAGCUUCGAAGAGGCAGCGGAAGCGGAGAGCGACGGUGCUCCCGAUUGAGGUGGUGCCAUGCAGCAAGAAGCAGAGAGAUGCAGAGUUCGAGCCAGAAGGCCUGACAUGGCACUUUAUGUACCUAAAGCUCGAAGAGGUGUAAUACUCCUCAAGUCAGGUGAUGGAGAAAAAAGAUGUGGUCAACCUAACUCCAUGGUGAAACAAGAACAAAAAGAAGAAUGUCUGUCCCAAAAGGAGAGCUUUAGAGACAAACCUGAGGCUCAAAGACUAAGUAUUACUCUUAAUAAGAAGGAGUACAAUCUUAGGGGAGGAAAGAAAUCUUCAAAAAAAUUAAGAAAAGAUGCAUGUCUUCAAGCAAGCAAGCAAGCUAGUGUUGGUACUAAGAGGGGAAGUACAGAAUCCAAAGAAGUAUUAUCCCAAGGACAUCAGCACAGAGUCCCAGAUCCUGGGAUUAUACCUAGUAUACCUUUACAAAGACAUUUAAAACCACUGAAGGUGGAGUGUUUGGAGGUUGGAACCACAGAUGUGACAAGACAUGAGAGGUUGCCUCUCUCUCAGUCUUGUUCAGAAACCAGUGAGGCUCAAGCUCUGAUAAACAGAACAUUACAAAAUGUAGAAUUCUGUGAUUUCAGUAGGCAUGAAUUAAGUGGGGAAACAUGUAAAGACAGAGGUUUGGAAAGCAGAACUGAAACUGAUACCAAGGUUGUGGAGAUACUAUCCCAGUUUCCUGGAGUUUUUAGUUCUGUGUUGACACCUCAGAGUAUGACUGUACCAGUAAAACCAACUUCUGAUUCUGGGAUUGUACAACAAGGCAUGCAAACCUCAGGUGGAAUGUUGAAGCUCAGCAAUGGAGGGGUCACCAUGAGUUCUGUUCCUGGAAGUCCGGAUCGUGUCACUGAUCAAACUUGUAUAGACUUUGAAGCUGAGAAUGUUGGUGAUAGAUCCAACAGUACUGAUUUCAUGUUGGGUCAGAAAAGUAUAGAUUCCAUUCCUGACACCGUGAGUCACAUCUCUCAUAGAAUGACUGUAAUCCCCAAAUUAGAGAGCACAAAUGGCAUUUUUGAUUCAACAAUGAUUAGAGAGUAUGAGAAUGACAGCACCGCUGAUGAGUUAUGUGUACAAUAUGAAACUUCUGAUGCAGCUUUCCUUCCUCAUGAAACAGUUACAGAAAAUGGCUCUAAGAGCUUAGGUGACAUUACCAAUAAGGCAUGUAUGAUAGACAUUACAGAUGUCAUGCCCAAUCAGAUAGCUGUAGGUAGCUAUUGUAGAGUUGCAGUUAGAAUAGUUGAAGAGGCCUGUAGCAACACAAGUAAUUCCUCAGAAUAUUUAGAAAUGAGUGCAGAUACAGCUCCUCUUCAUACAGCUGGAAGUGGUAAUGACACUGAAAAUUUCAGCAACCUGACUGCUUGCUCAGAUAUUUAUGCUGAGAGUAUUUCAUCUAUUUUCACAGAGUCAACAGGAAAGUUGAUAGAGAGCUUGUCAGAUUCUGCUUCUUCCUUACCUAUAAAGAAGAUUGCUGGUAGUAAUUGUAACACUUUUUUGGACUCUGAACUCAGUAUGUUAAAUGGGACAGCACUACUUUCAGACAGUGCCUUGGGCAAUGAUCUAGAUUGUACUAGCGAUAUAGCAGAGGCAUUGAAUGAACUAAAAACUGCUGAAGAGUUCAAAACGAAAGAGGAAGGUGACUCAGAGAAUAUAGAAUUUGGUGUAUCCUCUCCUGAUAUAGACUCUUUGUCUGUGGAAACAUCCAUGGAAAUGAAAGCAACUAAAACUUCUUACAUGGAAGAAAGUGCUGCCAUUGAGGAGAGCUGGGAGUCGAUGUUUAAUGAUGAUGGUGAAUGCCUGGAUCCACAUCUUCUACAAGAGAUCACUUCUUCACCUAUAAUAUGGUUUUAUUUGAGUGAUUCCAAAGAGCCUCUUAGUCUUUUUCUGGGAAUUAAACCAGAGGUACAGAAAAAUCAUCACAUGCAUGUGAGAGAGAGAGGUGAGACUGAAGGGGGCAGUGCAUUGUACAGAACUGAUUUUCCAAUGCCAAGCACUUCCUCCUCAUUUGUAGGAGGUAUUGGCAUGCACAUCUGUACCACAAUUAGCACUUCUUAUGGUCACAUCAGGGAACACUGUGUCCUAAACAUCCCUUAGAAAGAAAUACAGCACAGAAGGUAUCUGUGAGUGGGCAUUCAUGAAUUGCUUGAAAUUGCAUGCAAACAUUAUAUGUAUGCGCAGUUUUUCAUAGCUUUUAUCAUAUUCUCAAAGGUGAUAGUUUCCAGAGUGUGGUCUCUGGACCAGCAGCAUGAGCAUCACCUGGGAACUUGUUAGAAAUGUACUCUUUACCCGAGAAAACUGUAUAUUUACAAAUUUUUUCAGGUCAUUCUGAUGUACAUAAAGUGAGAACCACUGCUCAAAGGUAAUACAUAAACUUAAGUGUAUGUCAGAAUGUUAGUGUGGAAACUAGGGAUAGCUGUCAGCCCAUAAUUAGAAAGAAAGAAAUUGUUCAGCGGAGGUUUUAGACCCAAAUCAGUUUAAAAAGUACUAAUAAUGUGGGAAGUUAGGUGAAUAAAGAAGAGUUGUUAAGGCUGCAAGCAUUGGGAGAAGGCCUUAGUCUGAGAAAGAGGCGGUGUUCUUAGGAGUUGGCAAAGGGACUACCUGAGUGGGUGGAGAGUACAGGUAUGAUUAGGAAAGAAUGGCUUCCUACAAAAGAAGGGCAUGACACAGAGCCUUUUACACGUGGCAGGACUCAGUAAAUACUGAAUGCAUGUAGGCAUAGGGCUAGUUAGAGCUCUGCCUUUUUAGGGGGGCCUCCAGGGGCUUCAGAACAUUGCUGCUGGAACUUGGAUUCUGUGUGGUAGCUGAGGAAUAUGGUUUCUGUAUUUGGGGGAGGGGUGUUCAGGUAUGCAACUCUGUUUUUCAGGUUUUAACACUGUUUAGAAUGGUUACAAAAGAUUUCAGGCAACUACUCAAUAUUUUGAGGACAUAGUAAUAUAGGCAAAGAGGACACUGGCAUGACCUAAAGCAUGGAAUGGCAGAAAAAAAGACAGCCAAUGCCUUGGUGUUGUGUUUCUAUUUCUUUGGAGGUCCUUGGUAGAAAGUGGAAUUUAUGUUGAGGGAUGAGGAUGGAUGAGAACAAGAAAGAAGCUGAUGGGCUGAGAAUGCAGGUGGUGGAUACAGCUCCAGGCUAUGGUCUCCUGUGCUUUGGGAUUUAGAAGAUACAAUAAUAAUGUUAUUAAAAGAUGUCAUAAAUCCAAUAACAUUAAUGGCCCUUUGGUGACUAUUAUUCUUAAUAUAUUAUUUAUGUUGCUCCGAACAUACUUUAUUAAAGGCUAAACCAGAGUGUCUGCCUACUUUGAAAACUUCCCAGUCAAAGCUUUUUGGCUGUUUUCCUAGCUGGUCUGUUUCUCUGUUGACAAUGGCUACACAUGGAGGUAUGUUUGAUAUUUCUAAUAGGCAGAGAAGUAUGCCUUAGAGCAGGGUGUGGCAGCUAUUGGCAUGUAAAGCAGUUUCCUGUGUCAUUUGAACUCCUGAAACCUCUGAGGUGAGAAGAGAGCAUAGGUAGGUCAUUAUUGAGCUCCCAGAACUGCAACUCUUGAUGAAUCUUCAAGGAUCACACUUAAUCUCCUAAAGCCAUGGUAUGGGAUGCCCAAAAACUUAAGUUGUUAGUUAAUAAAGAAAAGGAUAUUGGUAUGACCUCUUUCAGCCCUCUGAGAUCUUGGUACAGAAACACAGGAAUUAUUGCUGUCUAGAUAAAACUUCCAAAACCCUUGCUGCCUCCUAUACUGAUCAACAAACCUAUUGGUAGGAGAAUUAGUAGGAUACCAGCAACAUAACAUUGAUAUUGAUGGAUACCAGCAUCUGGUCCCUUUACUGGCCGGAAUUUCUAGAGUGGAUUUGAAUUUUUAGAUAGGGGUAAAUAUUCAGGUAGGAGUCUCCUUUUGUUACAGAAGGCUACUAACAGUGUAUAGCCAGGAAAGAGAAAAGAGUGAAGGAACACUACACAGCCCAAACCAUCUUCCUUCUGUGUGUGCUAACUCAAAUUUGUACUUUCUCUCUGUCUUCCUAUAGCCUUUUGUAAAAAUGCUCUUCAUUUUAAAUAGGAAACCCAAAAUU